AUAGCGUGGCAUUCGACGCUGAAAGGUUCUCCACAGGACAGCUUGGGGCGUAUUAUGUGUUACAGGUCCCAGGCAAGGAGACCUAAGAAGUUAAAGAAGAGAUAAGGUGCAGGUGUCAAGAUCAGGUUAAACAAAGAAAAACAGACAAUGAUGAAUCCACUUCCACUGUGUGUCUUCAUGUUGGCAAUGAGUGGGUGCACUACUGCCCAGGAGACUGCAGAUAUUGCCUUCCUGCUGGAUGGAUCUGGGAGUGUUACAGCAGAUCAGUUCACCACCAUGAAAACAUUUGUGAAGAAUGUGACCAGAGCUCUCCUAGACUUUGACACCUUAUUUGCCUUUGUACAGUACUCCGCCGAUACAACCAUCCAUGUGGACUUCACUCAGUUUAAUAGAACAGAUUUUGAAAAUCAGGUGGACAAUAUCACCCAAAUAGAACUGUUCACAAACACUGCAAAGGGUAUCCAAACAGUUGUGGAAGACGUGUUUAUUUCUUCUGCUGGAGCGAGACCUGAGGCCAACAGGAUCCUGAUUGUCAUCACAGAUGGGUUGUCCCACGAUGCUCAAGACUUUCCCAACGCCACAGCGCUGGCUGAUGAAAAAAAUAUUACUAGAUACGCCAUUGGGGUUGGAAAUGCCUUUACCUCUAACACAGCACUAGGACAGCUCAACAGCAUCGCAUCCUCUCCAGCAUCAGACCAUGUGUUUAGAGUGGACAGCUUUGAGGUGCUGGAACAGAUUGCCAGCACGCUGGAGAAGAGCAUCAUUCCUACAGCAGAUGUUGUUGUCAUUGGUAUGCGUCUGGAGGUUUCCUCAACAAAAAGUCUAAAUGAAACUGAGAUUGAGGAGCAGAUUCUGAAGCCAUUUGAGGACCAACUCAGAGACCAAGGAAUAGCUGUUGCUGGGAUCAAGUUAAGAAGGGUUUAUAAGAUUGAACCCUGAGAGGAAUCAGGAAGAACAUGAAGAAGGACAACAGACACACUCUCACUGUGUGUUUCCUGUGUAUCUCUUUUGUAUCUCAUUAUUACCAUAAUAUAAUCCCAAGAGUUACAGCUGUGUUUGGGAGACCAAACACCUCGUCUGUUCUUAGAAUGUGUUUGUUUUGAACUACUCGCAUAUGCGUUAUAUAAAUAAAGUUACCUUACCUUUAGCCUAUACCUUACAAACUUCUUCUGAAAAUAGACGGCUGCUAAUAAAAUGUGGCAGAAUAAAUGGGAUCAGGAGGAGGAAGUGAUAGUUAAAAAAGAGGACUCACAAGGGCCGGGUUUCCCAGAUUCGUUAAGAAGCUCUUGAGUGCUAACAACUUCUUCCUAAGAAGUUAUUAGCACUUAGCUUCUUAAUGAAUCUGGGAAACCCGGCCAAGGUUGGUUCACAAGGCUAACUAUCAGACAUACAUUACACAUACAGUAGAAUAGGGAAAUGACAGACUGGAGCAUGUCUAUAUUGUGGAGAGGUAGAAAAUGUAAGAUUACAGUAUGUAGCCUACUUCUGUAGAGAGUACUCUGAAAGAAGAGAAGAACAAGAGAAGUUAAGAAUUAAAUUACAUAAGCAAACCACUGACAGCCCAAUAAUAUCACACCUCAGUCCAGAAGAUGGCGGUAAUGCAGUACUGUAGGCUAUGUCUGUAAACUGCCAUAAAAAAAAAGAAAAAAGAAGACCAUCUUUGUGGAAUUUUUAUAGCCUGUUUCACUCGUAUUGAUGUGAUUUCUUUUGAACAAUGACCCUUGUUGAAUUUGUCUGUGGACUUGUCUGCAUUACUUUAGAUGGUUCAUUUUUUGAUAGGCUUUUGCUUUAUUUUCGGUUUGCCUUUGUAUAUUCUCGGUGUUAUUUCUCCAACUGUAUUAAACUGCAUUUUGCC